AUGCCAAAAAUAGAAGAGGAUCUAGCACGUCAUCUUCGUCCAGAUUUAAAAUCUGCAAGGGUCCCUCCUUUGUCAUCUAGACCAUUAAGAGUCACAUCUGGUCUAGUUGGCAAAGCAUACAUGACGGCUGGUCAGUCUGUCGGAUGCCUGCACACUAUGUCAGUGUUGCAGGCAUAUCAGGCUGACCUAAUAAAAGAGUGCUUAGAUGGUGGGGGAGCAACACCCGAACAGCUUCGAGAAGCUCUUCGGGCGUCGGAUUUAGCUUUAAGAGCUACUAAAGAGGCGGCCUCUAGUUUGGGGCGGUCUAUGGCAACCCUGGUGGCUACAGAGCGGCACCUCUGGCUGACACAAGCAGAGGUGUCAGAAAGUGAUAGAGCUAUUUUUAUGGACGCUCCAAUAUCAAGCUCAGGGCUUUUUGGUGACGCCGUCAAUCGCGUCGCCGAAUCCUUUGACCGAGUGAAAAAAUGCUCUAGCUCCCUAGGAAGGCGAAGGAUAAAAGGAAGUCCUGACGUGUUGGGAGUCAGGCUUCCCAGGGCCCCCCCUGGACAUCGAGAGCGCCAUUCGGCGCCCUCAUUGAACCAGGGUCCGCGGAGAAAGGGAUUUUUGUCUCCCGGGGUGGGCAUUCCUCAGUGUCUGAGGGCAUUGGGGACCCCACCCCCUCUUCGGAGGGUCCAAGAGCAACCAGAGGCCAGUCUCGAGAGGCUGGUACCCCUAGCACAUUUUUUGGCAGCGUGGAAACACCUGCCGAUGGUGUCUCAGUGGGUCCUGUUCACGGUGGAACACGGCUACAAAAUACAGUUUUGUGCACGGCCACCUCACUUCAACGGUGUUACACCCACCAUAGUGAAGCCAUAACAGGCUCUGGUUAUGGAACAGGAAGUACUGGCUCUAUUAAAAAAAGGCGCGAUAGAGCGUGUUCUCCCACUCAACAGAGAAUCAGGGUUUUACAGCCGGUAUUUUAUAGUUCCCAAAAAGGAUGGGGGACUGCGUCCCAUAUUAGAUCUGAGAAAUCUAAAUCGGUCCGUCGGGGCCCUCAGGUUCAGGAUGUUAACCAUCAAAAACGUGGUGUCACAAAUUCAGUCCGAGGACUGGUUUGUGACAAUAGACCUGAAAGACGCAUACUUCCAUAUAUCCAUCCUUCCCCAACACAGGAAGUACCUGAGGUUCGCUUUCGGGGGCGAAGCGUUCCAGUAUCGGGUUCUUCCAUUCGGUCUAGCUCUGUCACCUCGAACCUUCACCAAAGUAGUCGAAGCGGCACUAGCACCACUUCGUAUGCAGGGUAUACGUAUCCUAAACUACAUAGACGAUUGGCUAAUUCUAGCUCAGACUCACGAUAUGGCAGUACGACAUCGAGAUGUCGUUCUUACCCAUAUCAGAAGGUUGGGGUUUCGGUUGAACACCGCAAAAAGUGUGCUUGUUCCAGCCAGGACGACCAUUUUUUUAGGUGUGCUAUGGGACUCCAUGACGAUGCGAGCACGUCUGUCCCCGCCACGAAUCGCUUCGAUUCAGUCAGCCGUACACAGAGUCAAACUAGGCCAGUUCAUCACUGUGAAACACUUUCAGAGAGUGUUGGGUCUCAUGGCAGCAGCAGCCAGCAUGAUUCCGUUUGGUCUGCUGUACAUGAGACCCCUGCAGUGGUGGCUCAAAUCCAGGGGGUUUUCCCUCAAGGGGAAUCCUUUCCGCAUGAUCAAGGUCUCGCGGCGCUGCCUUCGAGCCUUAAGUAUGUGGAAAAUGCCCUGGUUCCUGUCCCAGGGCCCAGUGUUGGGGGCUGUCUGUCAUCGCGUCAUGCUUAUGACAGAUGCUUCUUUAACGGGCUGGGGAGCAACCCUGAGGGGGCUUCCUGCAGCGGGACAAUGGGGAGAACAUCAUCGUUCUUGGCACAUAAACUGCCUGGAGAUGAUGGCCGUGUUUCUGGCCUUAAAACACUUUCUCCCCGAUUUAAGGGGCCAUCAUAUUCUAGUCCGCACGGACAACACAUCGGUGGUCGCUUACAUCAACCAUCAGGGGGGUCUGAGGUCUCGAAUGCUAUGCAAGCUGGCACAUCGGAUCCUCCUGUGGGCCCAGAACAAAAUUCUGUCCAUCAGGGCAAUGUAUGUCCCGGGCCAUCUGAACAAGGGAGCAGAUCUCCUGUCGAGGCAGGGGGUGAGAUCCGGGGAAUGGAAACUUCACCCCGAGGUGGUGGAGACCGUUUGGGAAAAAUUCGGGAGAGCGCAGGUAGACCUGUUUGCUUCCCAAGAGACCACGCAUUGCAUACUGUGGUUUUCUCUCUCGCAUCCAGCCCCUCUGGGAUUGGAUGCCAUGGUGCAGACGUGGCCGAGGCUUCGUCUGUAUGCUUUUCCCCCGGUCGCUCUGCUCCCAGGAGUCCUGGAGAGGGUCCGUCAAGACGGGAUUCAGUUACUGCUGGUAGCCCCGUUUUGGCCUACGAGAAUUUGGUUUUCAGACCUCAUAGCCCUGCUGGCGGGUCUCCCGUGGGAGAUCCCCAUCAGGAGGGACCUUCUGUCCCAGGCGGGAGGAAUGAUACUUCAUCCCCAACCCGACCUGUGGAAACUGUGGGUGUGGCCUCUGAGGGGGCCCACCUCAUAGAGUAUGGACUGUCAACCGAGGUUGCUCAGACCAUUCUAAGCUCCAGGGCUCCCUCCACAAGGAAGCUUUAUGCCCUAAAAUGGGCUCUCUUUUCAGCUUGGUGUAGAGAACACCAGCUGAACCCAGUCAGCUGUCAGGUAGCCUCAGUGCUGGAAUUUCUCCAAG